GGUCUCCACUGAGGGCUUUUCUGCCUCUCACUCACUGUCAGCUGGAACUGACACCAGCUCUCAUGUAACUCACAAUAGAGGUUGGCAGUAUCUUUAGUGGCCAAACCUCAAGAUGAUUAACCCACUGGGGCACAGAGCAGUCACAGGGAGGCGCAGUGGGUAAAUAAAUUACACUUUACUGAUAUGUAAUUUCAUUUUAUUUUCAUGAGAAUAGCAUGUUUUCUUAAUUACAGGAUUUUAAAUAGAGUCCUAUACAGUUUGGAACCAAUCUACAAAAAGUUGGGUGCUGCAGAAACAUUUUGGGAACCACUGGAUUUACCUAAUGCAGAGCCUCCAUCACCACAUAAGCAUUUUCUUUCAACCUAGAAAAUUUUCCCAGGAAUACUCACACACUGUUUUUAAUUAAAAAUGCUGAGUUUUUAAUUGAAGGUUUUUGUAUUUGUAGGAUGAAAUGUAUUGUUUGAUUAUUCUCUCAAUGACCUAAUUUUGGUGCUUAUAAAAAAAUGAUGCUUCUCAUUAAGUGACAAUGAUCAGAUUCCGACUGCCAGAACAAAUAAAAGGUGGAGAUUAUAUUAUAAAGUGUAUGUUAUUUUGAAACAGCAUCAAAACAAAGUAAAUGUAUUUCUCAUCAUUGUAGCAGCAUGUAGCAACUGCUUAACGCUGUGAUCUAUGCAGAGUGAGGUGGAACACAUGGUUGUUGUUAUUUUAGUCCAGUGCAGGUUUAUAUUUGGAUGAUAGACCAGGUAUAAAAAUGUAGUGCACUUUUGUCAAAAUAUUAGUGAAAGUUUUUUUAACCUGUAGUUUGAGUCUGUAGAAUACACGUCUGUUAUAAAGGUUUAAAAUGUUUGCAGGUUUAUCUAACAUGAUGUCAGAUGGAGAGUUCCUGCGAACAAGCUGCGGUUCUCCAAAUUAUGCUGCUCCUGAGGUCAUCUCAGGAAGGUUAUAUGCUGGACCAGAGGUGGACAUUUGGAGCAGUGGUGUCAUUCUCUACGCCUUGUUGUGUGGAACACUUCCGUUUGAUGACGACCAUGUGCCAACACUGUUUAAGAAGAUCUGUGAUGGGAUUUUUUUCACACCGCAGUAUCUUAAUCCUUCAGUAAUUAGCCUCCUCAAACACAUGCUACAGGUGGACCCCAUGAAACGAGCCACCAUUAAAGAAAUCAGAGAGGAUGAGUGGUUCAAACAGGACCUGCCUAAGUACUUGUUCCCCGAGGACCCUUCUUACAGCAACAACAUGAUCGAUGACGAGGCGUUGAAGGAGGUCUGUGAGAAGUUUGAGUGCACUGAAGAGGAGGUGCUGAGCUGCAUCUACAGUCGCAACCAUCAGGAUCCGCUGGCCGUCGCCUAUCACCUCAUUAUUGACAAUCGACGCAUUAUGAGUGAAGCCAAGGACUUCUACCUGGCAUCCAGCCCUCCGGACUCUUUCCUGGACGACCAGCACCUGACUUCGUCCGGUGCAGCCGUAGCUGGUUUUAUCAAGCCCCACCCUGAGCGCGUACCAUUCCUUGUGGCGGAAACACCGCCCAGGCCUCGGCACACUCUGGAUGAAUUAAACCCCCAGAAGUCCAAACACCAGGGUGUCAGGCGGGCAAAGUGGCACCUGGGAAUUCGCAGUCAGAGUAGACCCAAUGAUAUCAUGUCAGAGGUGUGCCGUGCCAUGAAACAGCUUGACUACGAGUGGAAGGUGGUGAAUCCAUAUUAUUUACGUGUGCGAAGGAAGAAUCCUAUAACUGGGAUGCAAACCAAAAUGAGCCUCCAACUUUAUCAAGUGGACAGUAGAACCUACCUCCUAGACUUCCGUAGCAUAGAUGAUGAUAUGUUGGAAGUAAAAUUUGGAACGGCCACACCUCUCCGCUCGGGCUCCGUGGGAAACUACCGCACAACUGUUAAGGGUGACGCUGAUGGUGGUGAUGCUUCACCCAUGUCUGGCAGCAGCACUCUUCCCCCCAAGGCAGCAGAAGGCUCCUUAGCCUCAUCAUUGACUUCCUCCAUCGACUCUACUGGCGGGGGAGACAACGGCACUGUCCCUCGCCCGGGGAGCCACACCAUCGAGUUCUUUGAGAUGUGCGCAAACCUUAUUAAACUACUUGCACGAUAACUUGCAAAAAAACAAUCGCUAGCCUUUUAUCCUCUCUGAGUGUCUUUAUAGCAAUAAGCAUGCAACCAACUCAUGGCUCAGUUCAUCCCGACUGAGGAUGAAGUGAUUGUUCUGUGGCACUGAUGCAGGUCAGUGCUCCCUACAACAGAGGGAUGUAUACAGAGCUGACGUGAUGUAAGGGGGGGGCUAUUGGAAGAGAUACAUGACAAGCUAAGUCACAGCUAGGACAGAGCAACUCUUAGAAGGCGUUUUUUUUACAAUUUUUUUUUAAUGAUUACUUUAACAGCCAAUGCCCACAUCCCACCAACAUGUAUGUGAUUACACUGAAUUUUCUGUACUGUAACCAGUGAGUAUUUCAGUACAGAGAACAACACAAGCUGUUGCUGAUGCAGGAAGCUCUUUUGCACAAGUUUCUUUUUUUUCCUGCUGCUCUUUUUUUUAUAUAAUUCAAUCAGUACGGAUCAGAAGAGUGGUGGGAUAUAUCAGGGGCUGCACUGGCUAAAGCCAAUGUCUGUUAAACCUGUCAUUCAUUUGUCUAUUAAGUGCAAUGACCCCUGUGUUUUUGUAUCGUCAGGGAUAAAAGAACGCCUCGUCAGAUUUGUUUGAGAAUCUGAGCCGUCAGAUGCUAAAUUGUCACAGUGUCGUCCUGGAUGUAAAAAAGGAAAAAAAAAAUUAGUUUGACCAUUGUCUGUCCCCGACAUUUUUAUGUAUAAAGAAUUGAAUAUAUUUAUCAGUGCUUAAGUGGAAAGAGGGUUAGUUCUGUUGCAAGUUAAUUUUUUUUGCAAUAAGAUCUGUUGCUGGAUGGUUUAUAUAUAAAUAUAUAUUUGCCUUUUUUUACUGUCUUUUUUUAAAAUCAAUAUUGCAGGUUUGUUUUUCAAUCACUCAGAUACAUGAUUGUUUCUCUGAACAACAGAAAUUAUAUCCUGCUUGUAUGAUUUAAAAAAUAUUUUGCCAUGACAGUCAGACUCUAGAAAUAUCACUUCCACUUUCAUUUUACAAUGUUGAUGUUUUUGAUGUAUUUUUUAAUUAACAGGUUGUGACAAUGAUUACCGAGUGAAAUGCCUUUGCUUGUCUAAGUCAUUAAUGCCAACCCACAAGUACAUUGGCUUAAAUAGAAAACAAAAUUCGUAGCAAGAACUGCAUUAAGUACAGAAGCAGUCAUUGACUUUCAUUUUUCUUUUAUGAACAAAAAACACACAUUCCUCUAAUGGCAGACAUUAGUUAGAAGGUUCACAUAUGUUUAAACCUAAAACAGACUUGUAAUCUCUUACUUUCUUUGUUAAUAGUUUACCAUUUGACUAAGUCAACAAACACCACCUGACUAUUUCAUUUGAUUAAAAAGGCUUUUCCAAACCUGAUAGCCACAGUCUCCAAGUGUGAGGUGUUUACCCUUUUUUUCUUUUUUUCUGUCCUUGGUCUUGAAUGUGGUGUCCGUUUGGCUGGUUUGGUGUUUCUAAAUGUUUGAUCUGCACAUAUGUUGCAGUUUAACAUUACUCUUUGUUUUUUCUUAAAGAAACAAAAACACUAGUUCUCAAAGUGCUGUUAAUGUCCGUAACUGCUUUUUAAAAAAGGGGGAAUACAAACCAAACUUAAUUUCCAAAUUUUGUCUCCAGAAAUUGUAUUUUUCAUAAAAUUUAAAUUAAGAUUUUCAUUUAAUAGUCAGGCAUAAAGGGUGGCUAAACAAGUUACUUGUUUCACUCUGCACAGCUUUAAAAAAGCUUUUUUCAUUUGCAUAAAACUCUUCAGAGAUUUAUCAAGAAAACCUUAUCCUUCCUUGUCAAUGGCAGAGUUUUGAGUGAAGUUAAUGUGGACCUUUAUGUCACAAACCUUUGGACAAGAUCUUUAUAAUAUAGCAGUGGCAAGUGACGGGUAUAGUAAAACAGAGGGAAGUCAGAUAAUGAAUUUUGUGGCAAGGACGAAUGUGUGUUGCAGUAAAACCUUUCAAAAACCCAUCUAGUAGUUCCUGAAAGUACUGUAAAAAGUUGAAUUUUGUCCGGCCGUCUGCUUGAACAGCUUUAAAGGAAAUUUCUAUUUUUCUGACAUGUAAAGGGACCCACCAAAAGCACCAGUGUAAACCUGAAUGGACAGUGUUGAAGUCAUUUGUAUACACAUCUGCCUAAUAAACUGCUUAAUUGCACACAGUUA